AUGACCGACUUUCUGAAUGAUGCCUAUGGCAAUCGGUGCUUUGAUAUUUACAGAGAGGUUCGGAAAGAAUAUAAAAAGUUUUUGAAUCAAGACAAGGAGCUUCCUACAAACCAUCCAUUGUUAUUGAAAUUUCAUACAUGUUUAUAUAGACCAUUUUUGAAUAUUGAAAUGCAUGAGAAAUUGAGAAAAGAUUUGAAUAAUUGUUUGGUGGAAUCGGAAGAAGAUUACUCCAAGUGCGAAAACUAUGUGAAUGAACUGAGAAAAAUUGGCUCUUUUGAGUCCCAGGAGAAUGUGUUUUUUGAUGUACACAGCACUGUUAAAGUUCAAGGUGCUUCUAAUCAAUGCAAAGACCAUUUAAAUAAGGCCAGAGAAUUAAUGUGUGAUGCUUUUCCUGAAAAACACGAAUGCGUGGAAUUGAAAGAAAAAUCAUUUGCAUGUAUUUCAAAGGUAGCAUGCUCUGAAUUGCAUAAGUUGUCGAGUGAAUGUUUCAAAAAAAACGAACAAAUGGAAACUGAUUCAUUGUGGAAAUACCUUUUCAAAGGACAAGAUGUUCAGACGAAAAAGUCUUUUGAACAGUAUUGCAGUAGCAUUCAGUCGGACCUCAUCAGAUGUUUUGACAAGUAUUUUCUUCUAGGAAUUGUAAUGAGACCAAUCACACGUUCAGAAGAGAAUCUUGACGAAAACUCUCACUUUUAUGGAGCUGUUACUCUCGAUGAGUUGAAGAAAAGACAAAAGAAUAUAGAAAAGAGAAUAAGGUAUGAAAAAGAGCAAGAAAGACGAUUCAGAGAGCAACAGCAGAAAAAUUAG